AUGGGUUCAAAGAGUGUUGUCUUUCUUCUCUCCCUCAACCUCCUUCUCUUUUCAGCGCUUAGCUGCAACACCCCUAAGUGUCCCUCACCACCACCACCAGCUAAGUGUCCGGAAUUGCAUCUUUGCGCCAGCGUUUUGGUUCCUCCUUAUAAACCUGACCCCAAUUGCUGCCCCCUCCUCGGUGGUCUUAUUGACCUCGAGGCCGUCGUGUGCCUCUGUGCCGUUCUCAAGCUCGAUCUCGGAAUUAUCAAGGUUAACCUAGACAUUCUCGUCAACCUCCUAUUAAACACCUGUGGACACCAAGCCACCACCUACACUUGCCCACCAUAA